UAGGGCUGCCCCAUAGAUCCCACUCCGACACCCCCCAUUAAAUCUAUAGGGCUGCCCCAUAGUUCCCCGCUCUGUCCCAUUUCGGUGCCUCUGUCCCUUUAAGACCCCCCCCACCCCGUCGCAUCCCGCGUGACGUCACCUCCACCGCGAGCCAAUGAGCGUCCAGGUUGACCUCACCACACCCCUUCCUCCUGAUUGGCCGACACCCCCUUUACGUCGCGUCACACCGCUCCACCUGAUUGGCCAACGCACUUUACGUCACAACAGGCGCGUCCUAAAAGCCGCGUUCUGAUUGGCUGGAGGUGAAAGGUGUCCGUUCCCGCUGUGACCCCCCCCCGAAUCCCCCCCCAACAACCGCCCAGCUCGGUCCAUGAGGGCCCCGCUCACAGGUUCGUCGCUCGGGGAUGGCAGCGGUGGAGGUAUCGGACCCGGCUCACAGCCGGUCCCUGUUGUUGGAGCUGAACCAACAACGGCUCCGGGGUCAGUUCUGCGACGUCACCCUCAUCGCCGGCGACACCAAAUUCCGGGCCCAUCAAAACGUAUUGGCCGCCUGUAGCCCCUAUUUCAGACAGGCCUUAGGGGAGGCCGCCUGUUGUCGGCAGGUGACGGUGUUGGAGCUGCCCGGGGUACAGGCAACGGUGUUGGCCGACGUCCUCAACUUCAUCUACAACGCUCAGCUGGCUGUGCCGUCUGCGGACGUAGCCCAUGAGUUGGGGGCUGUAGGACGACGGUUGGGUAUCGCCACCCUACAAGGGCUGGAGGGUCAAGAGAAGGUUGGUUGGAGUCCUCCAACAGUCGGAGACAUCAACAUUGACAACAACGGGACUGUCACUAUUGAUGGCAAUAAAGGAACGGCUGUAGCCCAUGAGUUGGGGGCUGUAGGCCGACAGUUGGGUAUCACCACCCUACAAGGGCUGGAGGAUCAACAGAAGGUUGGUUGGAGUCCUCCAACAGUCGGAGACGUCAACGUUGACAACAAAGAAGGACCAGCUGUAGCCCAUAAGUUGGGGGCUGUAGGCCAACGGUUGGGUAUCGCCACCCUACAAGGGCUGAAGGAUCAACAGAAGGUUGGUUGGAGUCCUCCAACAGUCGGAGACAUCAACAUUGACAACAACGGGACUGUCACCAUUGAUGGCAAUAAAGGAACGGCUGUAGCCCAUGAGUUGGGGGCUGUAGGCCAACGGUUGGGUAUCACCACCCCACAAGGGCUGGAGGAUCAACAGAAGGUUGGUUGGAGUCCUCCAACAGUCGGAAACAACAUUGACAGCAACAUCUCCAUUGACAACAACGGGACUGUCACCAUUGAUGGUAACGAAGGAACGGCUGUAGCCCAUAAGUUGGGGGCUGUAGGCCGACAGUUGGGUAUCACCACCCUACAAGGACUGGAGGGUCAGCAGAAGGUUGGUUGGAGUCCUCCAACAGUCGGAGACGUCUCCAUUGACAACAACGUCUCCAUUGACAACAACGGGACUGUCACCAUUGAUGGUAACAAAGGAACGGCUGUAGCCCAUAAGUUGGGGGCUGUAGGCCGACAGUUGGGUAUCACCACCCUACAAGGGUUGGAGGGUCAGCAGAAGGUUGGUUGGAGUCCUCCAACAGUCGGAGACGUCAACACUGACAACAAAGAAGGACCAGCUGUAGCCCAUAAGUUGGGGGCUGUAGGCCGACGGUUGGGUAUCACCACCCUACAAGGGCUGGAGGAUCAACAGAAGGUUGGCUGGAGUCCUCCAACAGUCGGAGACGUCUCCAUUGACAACAACGUCUCCAUUGACAACAACGGGACUGUCACCAUUGAUGGUAACGAAGGAGCAGCUGUAGCCCAUGAGUUGGGGGCUGUAGGCCGACAGUUGGGUAUCACCACCCUACAAGGGUUGGAGGGUCAACAGAAGGUUGGUUGGAGUCCUCCAACAGUCGGAGACGUCACCACUGACAACAGCGUCUCCAUUGACACCAACGUCUCCAUUAACAACAAAGAAGGACCAGCUGUAGCCCAUGAGUUGGGGGCUGUAGGCCGACAGUUGGGUAUCACCACCCUACAAGGGCUGGAGGAUCAACAGAAGGUUGGUUGGAGUCCUCCAACAGUCGGAGACAUCACCAUUGACAACAACGUCUCCAUUGACACCAAUGACGGACCAGCGGCCCCGGUUGACCUGUCGACGUGCGGCUGUCGGCCCGGUGAGGUGACGGGGACGGGGUCAGCGCAGCCACCAACAGCAGAGGCUGCGGUUGUGUCGCCGGGUGUAACGUCACCGGGUGUCACCUCAUUGGGUGUCACAUCACCGGGUGUCACCUCAUUGGGUGUUACUUCACCAGGUGUAGCCUCAUUGGGCGUCACAUCGCCGGGUGUCACCUCAUUGGGUGUCACAUCGCCGGGUAUAGCCUCAUUGGGUGUAGCAUCGCCGGGUGUCACCUCAUUGGGUGUCACAUCGCCGGGUGUAGCCUCAUUGGGUGUCACAUCACCAGGUGUAGCCUCAUUGGGUGUUACUUCACCAGGUGUAGCCUCAUUGGGUGUCACAUCACUGGCUGCCACCUCAUUGGGUGUAGCGCCACCGGGUGUAGCAUCGCUGGGUGUCACCUCAUUGGCUGUAGCCUCACCAGGUGUCGCCUCAUUGGGUGUCACCUCAUUGGGUGCCACCUCAUUGGGUGUAGCACCUCCGGGUGUAGCCUCAUUGGCUGUAGCCUCGCCGGGUGUAGCCACACCGGGUGUAGCCUCAUUGGGUGUCACCUCAUUGGGUGUCACCUCAUUGGCUGUAGCCUCACCGGGUGUAGCCUCAUUGGGUGUCACCUCAUUGGGCGUCACCUCAUUGGGUGUAUCCUCAUUGGGUGUCACCUCAUUGGGUGUAUCCUCACCAGGUGUCGCCUCAUUGGGCGUCACCUCAUUGGGCGUCACCUCAUUGGGUGUCACCCCAUUGGGUGUCACCUCCCCAGGUGUAGCCCUAUUGGGUGUCCCCUCCCCAGGGUUGUCCUCCCCCGGUGUAGCAUCCCCCGUCUCCACCUCCCCGUCCCAUUUACGAUGUGGGUUGUGCGGCCGGGUGUUCGGCACCGCCGCAGCCCUGGGGUUACACACCAAACUACACCGCGCCCGGCGCGGUUUGGCCUGUCGGCAUUGUGGGAAGAGCUUCAUCCACGUCAAGAGGCUCCAGACACACGAGGUGUUGUGUGAGAAGGAGGGGGGGGACGUGGACGGCGCCGCCGGCACAACCGGGAUCGAUACAAACAGAAUGGAUACAACCGGAAUCGAUGAUGGACCAACCGGGAUGGAUGGUAAAACCGGGAUUGAUGGUGGUAGAACUGGGAUUGAUGGUGGUAGAACCAGAAUGGAUGGUACAAUCGGGAUUGAUGAUGGUAGAACUGGAAUUGAUGAUGGUAGAACCGGAAUUGAUACAACCGGAAUUGAUGGUAGAACCGGAAUCAAUGGUAGAACCAGAAUCAAUGAUGGUACAACCAGAAUUGAUACAACCGGAAUCGAUGGUAGAACCAGAAUCGAUGGUAGAACCAGAAUUGAUGGUGGUAGAACCAGAAUCAAUGAUGGUACUACCAGAAUUGAUGAUACAACCGGAAUCAACGAUGAUCCAACCGGAAUCGAUGAUUGUACAACCAGAAUCAAUGAUGGUCCAGCCAGAAUCAAUGAUGAUCCAACCAGAAUCAAUGAUGGUCCAGCCAGAAUUGAUGGUAGAACCGGAAUUGAUACAACCGGAAUCAAUACAACCGGGAUUGAUGGUCCAACCACAACGGUGCCGCCGACACCGCCACAAGCACCGCCAACCCCCCAACCUCCAAGCAAGAAAGCCUUGCUCUUAAGGCACCGAGCGUUGGAGGUGGCCGAGAUGGAGCGCGUUGAACCAACGUCCGUCGGUGCCGAAGGGGACAAGCGUGGCACGGUGUAUCUGUGCGCCGUGUGUCAACGCUCCUACGUCACCUUAUCCAGCUUAAAGAGACACGCCAACGUGCACUCGUGGCGCCGGCAGUACCCGUGUCGGUACUGCGACAAGGUGUUUGCGUUGGCCGAGUAUCGCACCAAACACGAGGUCUGGCAUACGGGCGAGCGCCGCUAUCAGUGCGUCUUCUGUUGGGACACCUUCGUCACCUAUUACAGCCUCAAGGCUCAUCAAAAGGCUCUACACGGCAUCAACCCCGGCCUCAUCGCCUCCGAAAAGACCCCAAAUGGGGGAUAUAGGCCCAAACUCAACGCCCUCAAGCUCUACCGGCUGUUGCCGAUGCGGGCGCACAAGCGGCCGUAUAAGACCUACAGCCAGAGCUUGAUGGGUGACGACCUCCAACAACAACCGGCUGCUUUUGUCACCCCACAACCAGAGCCGGCCUCGGUUAUCGCCUAUGGGAGACCCUCGGCCUAUGGGAGACCCUCGGCCUAUGGGAGACCCCCAGCUUCCGUCAUUGUCCACAGCGGUGCCGCAACAGCCGCAGCCACAGCCACAACCACCACAACCACCACCGUCAUCGCCUACAAUGGCACGACCAUCCAACCCAACUCUCCACCAAUGAAGCCAAUGAAGAAGCAAGUGUUGCUCGACUACUACGAGGCCCAACGCGCGGCGGCGGCGACGACGGCGACGGUCACCGACCCGGUUCCGGUGACGCCAACACCCGGCGUAACCACAAGCACCGGCCGUACCAUGACCUACGUAGCCAAACCGGCUUAUGUGGGGAGCGGUGGGGAGAGCCGGGCCGCCCCGUUGUGCCAAAUCACCGUCCGCAUCGGGGAGGAGGCCAUCGUCAAACGACGCAUCUCCGAGACCGACCUCCGCCUACAGCCAGACGGCGUCACCGCCACCACAACCGGAGCCGUGUCCUCGUCAUCGCCGUCAUUGAGACCACGGGACAGCGCCGAGGAGGACAGUGAUGGCGAGGACAGGUUGUGGCGGCCAUAUUACAGCUACAAACCCAAGAGGAAAGCCAACGGCGGUAACAACACCGCCACCAAAGGGAGGAAGGCGACAAGAUGGCGGCGGCCGCUGAAGGCUCUGAGAUGGGGGGGGGAUGGG